GCCACGUUGGCAGCGUUCCUACGAGUGAGUUAAACUUUUAGUCAUUUGCGUUUUUGUGUCAAAUGUGCUUACGCCCGUUAUUUAAAGUUUAAUAAAUAUAUAAGCUCCAUUAUUUAAAAUAUAUAGUCAACAUCAGCAAUUCGUUAUCAAUAAAUUCUAGUCCGCAGUGAUAGUGCAGUUCAGUGCAAAUGUAUCAAGUGUUUAAAUUAAAUGGACUGUAGUGUUUGUCAUAUAGGUAUAUAUAUAUAUAUAAGGAACAAGAAAUAAAGUAUAAUAUCAGUGUAUCUUAGUAUCAUAAUGACCAAAAAGACUCGGGGCUUGGGUUUAUACCUGACGGAAGAGUGAGAAAAACCCAAAACCGGUUGGUGUUCUCUAUCACUCCGGGGUGGGGCGACAAACGCCUUCAAACCGUCGGCUUUUCAACUCCUCGGUCUUCAUAUUAGUUUCGAGACGUAAAACUCAACAGUGGAUUACAUAUUUUUAUUUAUAUAUUGUGUUUUUAUUAUAUAUUUUAUUUUUUUAUAUUUAGUUUACAUAAAACUCAGUGCCUAGUGUCUGUAAAUAUUUUUUUUUAAACUUUGUUAUCAAUAAAAAUUUAAAAUGUCAUCGGCUACAGACAUGAGUCUGAUGGAUCUUCUAUUCGACCGAGAAGAUCCGGUAUUAAAAAAUGGAUUCAAAGAAGAAAUAAUGUUGGAUGCUGAUUAUAAUGAUCCACUUACUACUGAAGAAUGGCCAACACCAACAGACGAGUUCCUCGACUCAAUGUUAAAAAUGGAACACCCAUUCAAUUUAAUGGAAAAUGACGUCGACGCACUACCAUCAUCUUCAUCAGACUCAGGAUUAUCAAGCGCACUGUCUCUAUCUUGUGAGCAACAGUUAAGUCCAUUACUCCCAAUGGAAGAUCAACUUGAGCUAAGCAACGACAAUCAAAACAGCCCGCAGAAUUUCACCGACUUCCAGUAUUUGGGAAGUCCCAAUGAUUCCGUGGGCAGUUUUACCGCCGACAGCCCAGUUAGAUCCGUAAUGAGUUCAAAUGUUGGUUCACCGGGUACAGAUAUGACCGAAGAAAUGGAUUUUGAGUCAAAUUAUAUUACAGCUGUUGAUCCGAAUGUCGUCGAAGGUUCUAUCGAAUCUCCGGUUCAGUUGAUUAAACAAGAACCCCAGCCCGUUAUUGAAUUCAAUUCAGCACCUAAACAGCCAGUGAAGAAACAAGAAACGACAUUAAAUUUGCGUAACAUAACAUGCAACGGUAAAAGAAAUAUAAGACAAUUAAUACGUGUAACACCUGUUGGUUCCGGUAACCCACGGUCAAUAUUGUUGCCCGUUAGUUUGAAGGAUAUGAAAGAAGUCCGUACAAUUAAAAUAAUAAAUGCUACGCAAGCAAGAAAUUUAAAAGGCUUCAAAUUGAAUCCUGGAAAUGUUAUCAGCAAGGCCAUUCCUGUAAGCAUUAAACACGAAGACACGUCAAGCGAAAAAAGUAGCAUCCAAUCGGGCGACGAAGUAUCUGAGACAGAAUUUAUGUAUCCGCCAUUGGGAUUGAAUGCCGAAGAAAAACGCCUGCUUCAGAAAGAGGGUAUUUCCCUCCCUACACAUCAUCCGCUGACGAAAAAUGAAGAGCGGGAACUAAAACGCAUAAGACGUAAAAUUCGCAACAAAAUAUCGGCACAGGAUUCGCGUAAGAGAAAAAAGGAGUACGUCGACAGCCUCGAGGACCGCGUCAAGCAGGACGCUGAGGCUAAAAUGAAUCUGUCAAAGCGGAUCAAAGUCCUGGAGUCAACUGUCGAGACUCAGGCUGGACAGAUAAAGAGCCAAGCUGGGCAGAUAAAACGUCUGCUGGCGAUAAUACAGAAUCGGAAUAAAAAUGCCCAGCCAGCGACAUGUCUAAUGGUUUUAUUACUAUCAUUAGCUCUUGUUGCUGUUCCUAAUUUACGACCGCAUUCUAAUAAUUCCAGUGAGUUAAGGAAACAAGAAUCAAAGCCAAUGACACCACCACUUGCUGGUCGUUCGCGAAGCCUGCUUUUCACAAAGCAAUUAGUUGAAGAAGAGUUCCAGCAAUACAGCGAAGAACUGCUCCAGGAAGUCGAGAGUCUUCUAGACCAUGACUACAGUCCAAUCCAAGUCUCGCUCUACAAACCACCAUCGCGCUAUGAUGUUGAGCAGAAGUCAAACAACAACAAACUGUUCGCUGGAGACCUCGCGGGCGGGAUGUUUGCCCGAAAGUCAGAGUUCGCUGACGUUAAGUUGAGUAAAAAGUACAUUGAGCCUCCUCUCGACGACGUCUGGCCUCCUCCUAAGCCCGAUAACGUUCAAGCGGUCAAAGUCUUAGACAAACUCGAGGCAAUAACUAAUGAGUUAAAAAUAAACAUCUCCGAUACUGACGGCACCAGAACAGUGGUCCUCAAAGUACCGCAAGAAAUAUAAAAUUGUUUAAUAAAUAAUUAUCAUUAAUUCGUUAAUUAGUAUUGGAGAUAUUUUUUAUUUAUUAAUUACUAAUUAUUCAAUUUAUAUAUUCGUUAUACAGAUAUAUUUUUUUUUUCUUAUGAAUGCUUACGAAAUUCGUAAUCUAUUUUUUUUGCUAGUGUUAUAAUUAUUACAUAAUUAUAUAUAUAUAUAUAUAAAUACUUUUUUUUUUUUUUUUUUUGAAAAUUUAUCUGAAUGAUAAUGAAAUAGAUUGAAAUAUUAAAAUUAGAAGAGAAUUAAUGAUUGUAAAAAAAAACUUUGAAUGUUUAAUUAUAAUAUUUACUGCUAUUAUUAUUAUUAAUUAAUUAAUUAAGUAAUUAAUUGAUGACUUGUAAAUAAUUUUUUUUUUGAAUGAAGGAAUGAAUUGUUUUGUUUUUAACAAAAAAAAAACUAAGUGAUAAAAUUUAAUUGUUAAUGUUUCACAUACAUUUUAUAAGAAUUAGUUAGUAGAAAAAAAAUAGUAUAAAUUUGUACUAUAAGAAUUAGAUAUUUAAGAUUAAUUAAAAGUAAUUAAUUAUCCAGUGUAAGUCAAGGUAAUUUUAAAAAUUAUUUUGACAAAAAAGAGAUGUUAAUUUUUGUUUCAAAGGCAUUCUCAGUGCUCUACUUUUUUUUAAAUUUUAAAUGGCGACAGUUAUAAAUGUAUUCAAAUUUUGACAAUUAAUUAAAAAAAAAUUAAAUCAUUAAUUGAGAAAAGAACAAUUUUGCUGAGUAGAUUUUAAAAAAAAUUACUUACAGUUAAUAUCAAUUGGGAGUUAAUUAAAAUUUGGAAAAUAAAUUUCAGAAAAAUUGUCCUUAUCAAUUAACGCUUAAAUUUUUUUUUAAUUAAUUGUCGAAAUUUUAAUAUACUUAUAACUAUUGUCAUUAAAAAUUUUUGAAAAUUGGGGGACAAUGUCUGAGAAUGUUCUUAAGAUGAUUAAAAAUAAUGAUUAAGGAAGAGAGAGAUAGAGAGAGAAAUAGAGUAGUUAAAUAUAUAGAAUAUUAUUUUUUAGGGAAUAAAUAUAAUAAUGUGUAUCAAGGCUUUGUGUGCACCAAGCAUUAAGACUGCGUCUAAUUAUAAAAACUAACAGUAAUUAUUAAUUUGAAUAUAUGAAUUAUGAUUAUGAUUAUAAUGACAAUUAUUAAUUUUUUUUCAUCACGUACUAACGAGAGUUUUAAAUAAACAAUCGCAUCCAUUGUAAAUGUUUCGUCAGACCUCUGUCGCUCAUAAUAAAUUUGUAAAUAGAUUUAAA